AUGGCCAAAGACAAAGAAAGAUCAAUCAACCCUGCGCAGCAGCAGCGAAAGCUUGAAAAGGCGAAGCAGCUGAAAAAGAGUCGAGCAGAACUGCAAGCGAGACGCAAUGAGAAACUGGCGCGUCGAAACCCCGAGCGCAUCCAGCGCCAGAUUGACGACAUCAAGGCUCUCGAGGCGGCCGGCGACAUCAAACCACGCGAACGAGCGAUUCUACAAGACCUCGAGCGAGACCUGAAAGCUAUCAGGAAAGCACGGGAAGCACUGGGCGAGAAAGCGCCAACAUACGGUGGGGGUCACCGAAGAAGAGAAGGUGAUGGCGAUAAUAAUGUUUUGGGCAAGAGGCGGCACGACGGCAAACGCAAACAUUAUCAGCGACGAGAAUCGUCAGGCAGCGACACAGACGACUCUGUCCGCCGUAUCCCUAUGCCAGAAGACACUCCUCCGCCGCUUCCCAGAGAAUCCAGACGCUAUUUCCCGCGCAAAGAAGACGAGACCCGCGCCCCACAACCCGAUACCGCGCUGCCACCAAGACCAGGCCCUGUGCCAGUGGUGAAGACGACGUACGAAAGUGCUCCCCAGGUCCGCGACUUGCGCAAAGAAGCCGUCAACAGAUUCGUGCCAGAUGUUGUCCGCAAAAUGCAGCAAGCCGCCAAAGUGGGGCCGACGGGUCGGUUGCUGGAGCCUGAGGAGUUGGACAGGUUAGAGGCCGAAGGAUAUCUAGGACGGACGGAUCAGAAGACGCAGGAGUCGGUGGGGAUCCCGGAAGAUCAGGAAAACGCGAGGAAGCUCGCUGAAGAAGAAGCACGCUUUCUCCGAGAAUUGGAGGCGCAAGAUCAGGACACGGCUAGUCAAGUAGAUGAGGAUGUCCGACUUGAGGUCGGCACAGUCGAUCGAAGUGAUCAGAGACCCAGCCGGCAUGUCGAGAUGGAGGAGGUGGAGGAUGAGGACAUAUAA